AUGCUGUCUAUCUGCGGCUACCGGGCCGUGGCGCUCUAUCCCAGCCUGUUCGUGGUCCACCUUUCAUCCCCUGCUGACUGGGCGCCGCGGGCAGUGUAUCCAACCAACGUCGACGUGGCAAGAGCGAACCCUGAUCAUCUGCUCGCUUCAUGGGUUAUUCUUGGGCGGCUGAUCGAGAUGAAACAUCGAAGUCCCGGCUGUUUGGUUCACGCCCUGCUGUGUCGAGUCGGCCACCCAAUUCAGUGUGGUGUCGUGGUCAAUGUUCCUGCAUCGCUGCACGGGGGCCGUGAUGCGUCUGUCCGUCGAGCCAAUCCACUUAUUGCAAGGCGGUGGGCUAUCAUACCCACGGACGACAGAGGCCCUACUCCGGUGCAAGGAAUGCAAAGCUCAGCGUGGACCAGCUACUAUUCGAGCAAGACGCGAGCCUGGGCGCUGGGGCAAGUCAUCUCCCUGACAUCUCGGAGAUAUAGAGUUGCCCGUUUGGGAAAGGCUCGCUGCUGCAGCUUGCCAAUACUACCGUGGUGCUAG